AUGGAUCUGACACCCGCGGAGCUUGAACUCGUUGACACCGCUAAGGGCGACCAUCGAUUCGAUCCCACCCUCUGCGUUGCCUCCGCAGCGAUCUCAGCAGAUGGUCGAACCUUUUCAGGAGUCAAUAUUUUUUCAUUUCGCGGGUGGUCCCUGUGCCAAGCUGGGGUGCUGGGGAAUGCCACGGCCGCCAACGCCCCUCAGCUGAUGAGCAUCGUUGCUGUUCGUGGCAAAGCUGACGACGAAGGCCGAAUUUUGAGUUCAUGUGGUCGUUGUCGGCAGGUACUAUGGGAUCUACAACUUCAGAUCAAGGUGAUCGUGUCGAAAGACGGAAAGUUGCAGUCGAUACCCAAUAAGACUCUGUUGCCCUUCGCGUAUGACCACGACGACUAG